AUGGCAGCAGUAGCAGUAGCAGAAGCAAAGGUGGCGGUAGCAAAUGCACCACCAGCAAAUGCACCACCAGCAAAUGCACCACCAGCAAAUGCAGCAGCAGCAGCAAAUCUAGCUACUCUACGUGACGUGAUUAUCGCAGCAGUAAAGCAGGAGGCACCAAGCAGCAUAUCUAGCUACUCUAUGUCACGUGAUUAUCGCAGCAGUAAAGCAGGAGGCACUAAGCAGCAUAUCUAG